AUGAAGCACCAAGAAGGAAGGCACCUGACCAGAAGGAGAUGUGUUGUGGGCGGAGGGAUAGCACCGGUGGCACAAGAGACACCAGUGCCCAAGGGACCUCUGGCACCUGGCCCACAGACAGAUACAGGUGGUACCGUUGGCAACGCAACGAUGCGGGGAACAGGCCGGCCCGUCAAACAUCCAGUGACAGGGGGCCUGGGCCUAAUCAUAGGAGCAACAGUGAUGUGGGGUGAAGGUGGGAACAUCAGGCAGAGAGCCGUGGGGAGCAGAGGCGUGCCUGUAGUCCGGAGCACAGUGCAGGACCCGGUAAUGGCCGUAAGCCAGACAGCAGUGUUGGACCCAUGCAUGAAAAUCAACCCGACGGUGGCAUGGGAACGAGGCAUGGAACUGGAAGAGCCCCUGGUUCAGCACCAUGGCCUGAGAACAUUCCAGAUGGAAGGCAUCCCCUUUGGGCAGUCCUGGCAUGUAACAACUAAUUUGAAAUCGUUACAGUCCAUCGUGGUAAUGGCUACUUCGGGACUCUUAAAUUCAGGGGUUAUUCACAUGCCGUAUGCAUGCCUGAGAUGUUAUAUUGGUAGGAGUAUCUGGGGAAGGGGAGCUACAGUGGAAGAAUCGAAACCUAGAUCUCGUCUCCGCCAGGAGGACUUUCCACCUCGGAUUGUUGAGCAUCCUUCAGAUGUGAUAGUCUCUAAAGGAGAACCAACGACCCUGAACUGUAAAGCUGAAGGACGGCCAACUCCUACUAUUGAGUGGUACAAAGAUGGAGAGCGAGUGGAAACUGACAAAGAUGAUCCUCGCUCCCACCGUAUGCUGCUGCCUAGCGGAUCUUUAUUUUUCUUACGUAUUGUACAUGGACGCAGGAGUAAACCUGAUGAAGGAAGUUAUGUUUGCGUAGCAAGGAACUAUCUUGGAGAAGCUGUGAGUCGCAAUGCAUCUCUGGAAGUGGCAUUGCUACGGGAUGACUUCCGCCAAAACCCUACAGAUGUUGUGGUGGCAGCUGGAGAGCCUGCCAUACUGGAGUGCCAGCCACCUCGUGGACACCCUGAGCCUACCAUCUACUGGAAGAAGGAUAAAGUCCGCAUUGAUGACAGGGAAGAGCGGAUCAGUAUACGUGGUGGGAAGCUAAUGAUCUCUAAUACACGAAAAAGUGAUGCUGGCAUGUACACUUGUGUUGGAACCAACAUGGUGGGGGAGCGAGACAGCGAUCCAGCAGAGCUGACUGUCUUUGAGCGGCCCACGUUUCUCAGGCGGCCGAUUAACCAAGUGGUGCUGGAGGAGGAGGCCGUGGAUUUCCGGUGCCAGGUGCAGGGGGACCCGCAGCCAACUGUCCGCUGGAAGAAAGACGACGCAGACCCACCGAGAGGAAGGUAUGACAUCAAAGAUGACUACACUUUGCGCGUUAAGAAGGCUAUGAGCACAGAUGAAGGAACCUACACAUGCAUUGCGGAGAAUCGAGUUGGAAAAGUGGAAGCCUCUGCUACCCUUACUGUGCGAGCUCGCCCCGUUGCUCCUCCACAGUUUGUGGUGAGACCACGAGAUCAAAUUGUAGCCCAGGGUCGAACAGUGACUUUUCCUUGUGAAACGAAAGGAAAUCCCCAACCAGCUGUUUUUUGGCAAAAAGAAGGAAGCCAGAAUCUGCUCUUCCCAAACCAGCCUCUGCAACCCAACAGCAGGUAUUCAGUAUCACCAACUGGAGACCUCACUAUUACCAACAUUCAACGGUCUGAUGCGGGCUACUACAUUUGUCAAGCACUGACAGUUGCUGGAAGCAUUUUAGCAAAGGCUCAGCUGGAGGUCACUGAUGUCUUGACAGAUAGACCUCCACCCAUCAUCCUCCAGGGGCCUGUCAAUCAGACGCUGGCAGUGGAUGGGACAGCUCUGCUGAAGUGCAAGGCUACCGGUGACCCGCUUCCCAUUAUCAGCUGGUUGAAAGAAGGCUUCACCUUCCUGGGCAGAGACCCUCGAACAUCCAUACAGGAUCAGGGGACACUUCAGAUUAAAACUCUGCGGCUGUCUGAUACUGGAACUUACACUUGCGUUGCUACAAGUUCAAGUGGGGAGACAUCAUGGAGUGCUGUGCUGGAGGUGACAGAGUCGGGUGGAGCAACAGUCAGUAAAAAUUAUGAUAUAAACGACCUCCCUGGGCCACCAUCCAAACCUCAGGUCACUGAUGUUACUAAGAACAGUGUCACCCUGUCCUGGCAACCAGGGACCCCUGGAAGCCUACCAGCUAGUGCAUAUAUCAUUGAGGCUUUUAGUCAGUCUGUGAGCAAUAGCUGGCAAACAGUGGCUAACCAUGUGAAGACCACUCUCUACACCGUGAGAGGACUGCGCCCCAAUACAAUCUACCUGUUUAUGGUGAGAGCUAUCAAUUCACAAGGUCUGAGUGAUCCCAGCCCAAUGUCAGAUCCUGUCCGAACACAAGAUAUCAGCCCACCAGCACAAGGUGUGGAUCACAGGCAAGUUCAGAAAGAACUGGGAGAUGUCAUUGUACGACUACAUAACCCUGUUGUGCUGACACCCACGACAAUUCAAGUCACCUGGACAGUUGACCGCCAAUCGCAGUUUAUUCAGGGCUACCGAGUAAUGUAUCGCCAAACGUCUGGCCUACCGUCUCCAGCUGUGUGGCAGAAUUUAGAGGUCAAAGUCCCAACAGAGCGCAGUGCUGUUCUAGUCAACCUGAAAAAGGGGGUCACUUAUGAAAUUAAAGUUCGCCCUUAUUUCAAUGAAUUCCAAGGAAUGGACAGUGAAUCAAAGUCAGCUCGUACCACGGAGGAAGCUCCAAGUGCCCCUCCUCAGUCUGUUACUGUCCUGACAGUUGGAAACCACAACAGCACAAGCAUCAGCAUCUCCUGGGAUCCUCCCCCUCCAGAUCACCAAAAUGGAGUCAUCCAGGAGUACAAGAUCUGGUGCCUAGGUAAUGAGACUCGAUUUCAUAUCAACAAAACAGUAGAUGCAGCCAUUCGGUCUGUAGUAAUAGGUGGCCUAUAUCCAGGUAUUCAGUACCGUGUGGAAGUUGCUGCAAGCACCAGUGCAGGUGUGGGAGUAAAAAGUGAGCCACAACCCAUAAUAAUUGGAGGUCGUAACGAAGUUGUCAUUACUGAAAAUAACAACAGCAUAACAGAGCAAAUCACUGAUGUUGUCAAACAGCCUGCCUUUAUAGCUGGCAUUGGUGGUGCAUGUUGGGUAAUUCUGAUGGGUUUCAGCAUCUGGUUGUACUGGCGCAGAAAGAAGAGGAAGGGGCUCAGUAAUUAUGCUGUUCAGUCCUUCACCUUCACCCCUGCAGUCACUUUCCAAAGAGGAGAUGGAGGACUAAUGAGCAAUGGAAGUCGACCAGGUCUGUUGAAUGCAAGUGACCCCAGUUAUCCUUGGCUUGCAGACUCUUGGCCUGCCACAAGUCUGCCAGUAAACAACAGCACUAGUGGACCCAAUGAUCUUGGCAAUUUCAGUCGUGGAGAUGUGCUGCCACCAGUGCCGGGGCAAGGAGAUAAAACUGCUACUAUGCUUUCUGAUGGAGCCAUUUACAGCAGCAUUGACUUCACCACAAAAACUAGUUACAACAGUUCCAGCCAAAUAACGCAAGCUACACCAUAUGCCACCACCCAGAUACUGCAUUCCAACAGCAUCCAUGAGUUGGCAGUCGACUUACCUGAUCCUCAGUGGAAGAGCUCAAUUCAGCAAAAAAAUGACCUGAUGGGAUUUGGUUACUCUCUCCCAGACCAAGGCAAAGGCAACAAUGCCUUGCUUUACAUCCCUGACUACCGCGUGGCUGAGGGAUUGGCUAAUAGAUUACCACACAACCAGUCACAGGAUUUCAGCACCACCAGCUCCCACAACAGCUCCGAAAGGAGUGGCAGCCUCUCAGGUGGCAAAGGAGGGAAAAAGAAGAAAAACAAAAAUACUGCCAAACCCCAGAAAAAUAAUGGUUCAAAUUGGGCCAGUGUUCCCCUCCCACCCCCUCCUGUGCAGCCGCUUCCAGGCACAGAGCUGGAACACUACGGGGUGGAUCAGCAAGAAGCAGGAUAUGACAGUGACGGUUGGUGUCCGCCUUUGCCCGUUCAGACCUACCUCCAUCAGGGCAUGGAGGAUGAGCUUGAAGAAGACGAUGAUCGUGUUCCCACACCUCCUGUGCGAGGAGUAGCUUCAUCGCCCGCAAUCUCCUUUGGGCAACAGUCAACUGCAACCCUCACGCCUUCUCCACGAGAGGAGAUGCAGCCAAUGCUUCAAGCCCACCUUGAUGAAUUAACCAGGGCCUACCAGUUUGAUAUAGCAAAGCAGACAUGGCACAUCCAAAGCAAUACACAACCUCCUCAGGCUCCAGUUCCGCCUCUAGGAUAUGUAUCUGGAAACCUUAUUUCAGACUUGGAAACAGAUGUUCCAGACGAUGAUGAGGAUGAUAUUGAAGAAGAAACUGUAGAAAUCAGCAGGCCACUGAGAGGUCUAGAGCAUACUCCAGGCUCCAGUAUGGACAAUCUAGACAGCUCUGUGACAGGUUCAAUGGUAAAUGGAUGGGGUUCUGCGUCUGAUGAGGACCGUAACUUUUCUAGUCAUAGAUCUAGUGUAGGUAGCUCCUCAGAUGACUCGAUCUUUACCAACGGCAGUUUUGCACAAGCACUGGUUGCAGCAGCAGAUAAAGCUGGUUUUAGGCUGGAUGGAACCAGCCUGACAAGAACAGGCAAAGCAUACCCUUCCUCUCAGAGACCUCGGCCAAGCAGUCCUUUUUCUACUGACAGCAACACCAGUGGAGCUGUCAAUCAGAGGCCGAGGCCCACUAAAAAACACAAGGGAGGCCGGUUGGACCAACCCCCCUUGCCUCAUCGCAGGGAGGGAAUAACAGACGAUCUUCCACCACCACCCGACCCGCCUCCCGGUCAGGGUUUAAGGCAGCAAAUAGUCCCUGGCCAGCGUGGAGGCUCGGCAGAGAGGAAAGGAAGCUCUCUUGAGAGGCAGCAUGCACCCAGCGUAGAUGACACAAAGAGCUCCUUGGACCGGCAAGCUAGGACGUCACUAGAGUGGCAGCGGCAAGCCCAGGAGUGGAUAAGCUCUGCAGAUCGCCAAGAGGAUUUCAGGAAAGCCCAACACAAGCAAGCAUUCGGAUCAGAAGAGGCACUGGUACCAUAUAGUAAACCUAACUUCCCAUCCCCUGGCGGACACAGCUCUUCAGGAACAGCUUCUUCUAAAGGAUCGACCGGACCUAGAAAAGAGUAGUUGAGAAGACACAUUGCAAGCUGCUCUGAUGGACCAUCAGGUCUGAACUCAUGGAAGUGAUGACACAAAACAGUGCAAUGAACAUUUUCUUUAUUUAUGUGCUAUUAAAAGAACUGUAAAUGCAAUGUAAAGACACACAGCCACACAUAUCCCAC